GCCUGGGGUUCUGGCGCCGUAUUUGAAUGUGUUCCCAUUGUCCGCGUGGGAACGUUCGAACCCGAUUCAACCAAUAACGGCCGCCCGCACGUGACCGUCUCUUCUUUAUGAGUCAAAACAGCGGCGAGGCGGCACAGCAGACGGAGGCGGCAGCAGCGAUGAGCUCGACGGGCGGGUUACCGCCCACGGGCGCCUGUCUUGCUCUCCGGGUAACUCGGGUGGACCCACCCCGACCCGGCUCCGUGUUGGUCAGGCUGUGGGGCCGUUUCCAGCAGCGCGAAAGGCAGCCCGAGUACCAGCGGCUGCACAGCGAGAUACAGACCUGGGCCAAGGCCGUCCGGCUGGGUGGCGGCCCCGGCCGCGGUGUACCCGCCCCUCCGCUGGAGACCAACGAGCGCUGCUUAGCCGAGAUCUGCGGCGAGUGGCACCGCGCUCGAGUACUGAGCCGGGUGGGUGACGACUACACCGUCUUCACGCUGGACGAAGGACGGGCACUACCGGUCCGAGCCCGCAGCCUGGACCGAGGUAAGAAGGAGUUCUUCCAGCUGCCGCCCGAGGUGGUCUGCUGCAUCCUGGCCAACUUGGUGCCGGCCACCGGCCUGGGAGCCGCCGCCCAGGAGGAAGAAGAGAGGCGCCCACAGCCAGCGCCGCAGGACAGCAGUAGCAGCGGCGGGGGGGAGGAAGAGUCGCAGGAGGACGAAGGGGGCAGCAGCAGCGAGCGAGGGGAGGAGGAGGAGGAGGAGGAGGAGAAACAGCGUGAGGUGGGCGCCGGGCGGCGAGGGGGCGGGGCCGGCGCUGCCGCCGCCGUCUCCUGGCCGCCGGGGGCGCUGUCCUUAUUCCGCGCGCUGCAGGGGCGCACGCUGGACACGAGGGUGGAGGCGGUGCUGCCCCACCGCCUGGUGCUGGUGGAGGUGGCGCGCCUGUCGCGGCGGCUGCGCCAGCUGGGCCUGGCCCGCCCCAUCGACGCCGGCGCCUUCCGCCUGCUGGUCGAGGUGUCCACGUCGCGGCCCAGCGCCGCGCUGCGCAAGGAGCGCCUGAGCCUGCUGCCCCCGCCGCCGCCCUCCUCUGCCGCCAGCGCGCCCGGCCAGGGGGCCGAGGCCCCGCCGCCGCCCAGCGAAGCGGGCUACAGCCUCAACUACUUCUACCCACUGCUACAGCUCGGCGAGACGGUGGCGGUGAGGGUGACCCACGUCCGUUACCCCGACCGCUUUUUCUGCCAGCUGAGGUGCCACUGCCCCGAGCUGGAGCGGCUGCACGACAGCAUGCACCGCUACUACGAGGGUGGGCGCGCAGCCGAGGCGCCGCGCAAGCUGGGCACUCCCUGCGCGGCCAAGAGCACCGACGGCCGCUGGCACCGCGCCCUCAUCCAACACACGCUGGCGGACGGUGUGCUGGAGGUCUUCUACGUCGACUACGGCGACCGCGAGGUGGUGCCGGCCCGCGCCGUGCGCCGCCUCAGCCCCGGCUACUUCAAGAUGCCUGUUGUCACCUACCCAUUCGCGCUGCGCGACGUGUCGGACUACGGCCGCGGCUGGACGGCGCGCCAUGUCGAGCUGCUCAAGUUGCUGAUCCUGCGCAGGGUGCUGCAGGCUAAGGUGGAGUUCUACAACGCAGUGGAAAACGUAUAUUAUGUCACUCUCUAUCAGGAGGAUGGCCCCACCAUCAAUGCUGCUUUUUGCGCCCAAGCCGAGGGGCUUCUCUCUGGGUAUUACAUCGAGGAAAGAGGAAUAGGACGCGAUUGCCAGAAACUGAAUGCUCUUCAAUGCGGUGGUGACUAUCUCAUUGGGGACAAGAGGAUAGAAGGAGUCUCGAAAGUCAAGGAUCGCAUCUCUCUACUCAAGAAUGCAAAUCUGAAACUGAACGCAUUUUACGAUGUCCUGGUUGAAUUUGUGAAAAAUCCUUCAGAGUUUUGGAUUCGAACCAUGGAGACAGCCAGUGAGUUUGAAAAGCUCAUGAAUAGCAUUGCCAAAAAAUAUCGACAUUUGGGUCGAAAUGAAGGAUUGGUAAAGAAGCCGGAACCUGGUUUGUUGUGUUGUGCUAAAUUCAAGGCUGAUAACUUGUUUUAUAGAGCUGUUAUUACAGAGAUUCUUGAUGGUCAGUUCAGGGUUUUCUUCAUUGAUUAUGGAAACAUGGAAAUCGUGGGUUGGCAUGAUGUUAAGGCCUUACUUCCAGAAUACCGAAAACUUCCUGCUUUAGCAAUUAAGUGCUGCCUUGCUGACUUGGUUCCUAAAGAAGAAAUUUGGAGUAGAGAAGCUAUUGCCUAUUUUGAAAAGGCAGUGUUUGAAAAACAUCUUGUAGUGCAUGUAUUGGAGAAGGAAAUGGACAAAUAUUUGAUUGAACUGCUAGACGUGGAAGAUGAAGGGGGUUACGCUGAUCGUCAAGACCAUAGAGUCUCAGACUUCAGUUCGAAGAAUUCUGAUGUAUUGGGCCAUUCAUGCAAUCUGCAUUCAUUUGGAGAAAUGUUUGGUAGAAGCAAAAUAGACAAAUUUGAGCAAAGGCCAAUGACUCCUGAUGUAGUUAAGCCAUUCACAGAUUACUGUGGUACAGCAGCACUGGGCUCGUGUGAUUCUCUAAUCUCAUUACUUUCUGGUCAGGGAGAAUUUGAAGGUAAUACUAGAACAGAAAUGAUGGAAUCGGUAAUUACAGAAUCUCCCUAUAAACAAGAAUAUCUUAAAGUGGGAAGCACAGUAGAUGUGCAAGUUUCUUACAUUGAUGAGCCUGGCGACUUUUGGUGCCAAAUGACUAAAAACACACAUGAAUUGAAGAUACUAAUGAGUAAAAUACAAGAAUAUUACAACACACAUAAUGAUCAAUUUCAGCCUGGUCAAUCUGCUUGUAUUGUAAAGUACUCUGAAGAUGGCAAAUGGUAUAGAGCAUUGGUCCUUGGAAAAGUGAUUUUGAUGGAAGUGGAUGUGUUGUAUAUUGAUUAUGGAAAUAGAGAGAGAGUACCCAUAAGUGAGCUACGUGCAAUAAGACCAGAGUUUCUUCUUUUCAAGGGUCAGGCAUUUAGGUGCAGUCUCUAUAACAUAAUUCAGCCCAUAGGUCCUGAUCCAUUCAUGUGGAAUGAAGAUUCAAUUGCUGCAUUCCAGGAAUUUAUUGAUAAUGCAUUAAGCUUGUACAUGGAGCUGAAAUGCACAGUGUAUGCAUUGACUAGUGUUGCCAAAGGACUCUGUAAUGUUGUGGAUUUGAACACUCCAUUCCAGAGUGCUUGCAGUUUAUUAAUUGAGCGUGGAUUAGCCAAGUUUGUAGGAUCACCUAGUAUUCUUGCCCCAUCAGUAAGCCUUUACACCUAUUACUAUUCAACUCAUGAUGUGAAAAUUGGUAGUGAAGAAGAAAUGUAUGUGAGUCAUGUUGUAAACCCGACAAAAUUCUACUGUCUACUUAGUAGAAACUUGGGUGUUCUAGAUAAACUUGCGGACAAAGUUAAUAAACUCUCCGCUAAAAUGCAAGGCUAUCAUUUUACACAGGGCAUAGACCCUAUCUGUCUUGCAAAAUACACUGAUAAUCGGUGGUAUCGUGCCUUAGCGUGGCCUGUACAAAACAGAAUUCGGGUUUCCUUUGUGGACUAUGGGAACAAACUAGAUGUUGAAAAGAGUGAUUUGCUUCCUAUACCCAACAGUGCAAAAGAUGUUAAAUUCUUACCCAUGCAAGCAAUUAAGUGUGGUUUGUCAGACAUACCAGCUGACUUAUCCCUUGACAUUAUUAUCUGGUUUAAAAAAGCUGUGAUAGAUAAGCCUUUAAAAGCUGUAGUAGUUGCAAAAGAGACAGAUGGAAAACUGAUUGUUGAACUCUAUGAUGGGAACAUGCAAGUUAAUGCAAAAAUUAAAGAACAGCUAAGCUUGCAGGGCACUAAUGAAACAAAAACAAAUGGAACUGUAGGAAGGCAAAAAAAUAAGAGCGAAAAGUCUUACUCUCCCUACUUGGCAAAGAGUGAUCAUGAGUCAUUGCCCCUCAAAAGGUGUGUAAUUGAAGAUCAAAAUGAAGGUUGUGAAACUGAAAAGUUAACCAGAUCUGUGUGCAAGCAGGACAGAUGGAAGAAUAGGGCUGACAUUACUUCACAGACUGAAGAGGCUGGAUUAAAAAGUAUUGCCAACAAAAUGGGUGCAAUGAGUACAAAAGAAUCUUCAGAUAUAAAAUCCAGUGGAGAAAUAGGAGAUCAUAAGUUUGGUGUGUCUGUUGAAAACACUAACUUGAUCACAACAUUGCCUAAGACGAAACACAUUCCUUUGGUACUGAAUGCUGGAUUUAAAAGCAAAGUAUUUGUUUCGCAUGUUGUCAGCCCAUCUCACUUUUUUGUUCAGCUUUCCCAAAAUGAAGACAAAAUAAAAGCAAUGGAAAAAAAGUUAAAUGAAUGUAAUAUAAAUGAUAGAAGUGUUGGAAGCUUUCAGAUCGGAGAUGUAGUGUGUGCAGAGUUCCCUGAAGAUGGCUCUCAAUAUAGAGCUAUUAUAACUGAAACUCACAGUGAUUUAUUUUCAGUGGAAUAUAUAGAUUAUGGUAACACAGCAAUGGUUGAUGCUUCAAAAAUCUUUUCUCUUCCAAAUGAUUGCUUGGAAGUUCAGCGACUUAGCAUACCUUGCUCUCUUGCUGGAUUUCAGGAUGCAACUUUCAUAGAAAACAAAGUAAUACUAUCUGAAUUUAUAAAGAGAACAAAUAAAACUAGAUUACUGUGUGAAUUUGUACAACAGUUUGGACAUCUGUGGGAGGUUCACCUCUACGAUGACCAGAGGCUCUUGGCUGACUUUUUGACAGGCUCUGUAAUUAAAAGUGGUUUACAGUGUUCUCGACAAUUGACUGAAUAUCCUGUAAUUGAUGUAAGACCUGCUUCAAAGUUCACUGUGUACGUUCUUGCAGUGAAGUCUCCUCAGCAAUUUUGGUGUCAGUUUAAGACAACGGCAGAUGACAUUUUUAUUGAAUCACAGAAAACUGAAUAUGAACAUCAUAAAUUUCAGUUCAAAGAUGACUUUACUCUGGAGGCUGGUAAUUUAUGUAUGGUGAAAAGUAAAGAUCACAAUAACUGGGCUACUUGUGAAAUCGUGCAAGUUCUUAAUGGAAGUGUUGAAGUACUCUUUCUGAAGGAUGGUAUUAAGGAAGAAGUAAAAUGUGAAGAGAUAAAAGAAGUAACACCUAAAUUUGUUUUGACUUAUGAAUGCAAGUUGUCUGGUUUGGUUCCAGUUGAUGGAACUAGCUGGUCUGAAAAAGCCAUUGAAAUCUUUAAAACUUCAGUUUUGCACAAAACUGUAACUGUGAAAGUGAUCAGUGUUUCUGAGGACAAUAUAUUAGAAGUGGCUAUAUAUGAGAACUUGGAAAAUGUUAUGAGAAAUAAAUUAACUGCUUUAGGACUUGGUGUUGAGAAACUGAACGAGAGUUCAUCUAAUACAGUCAGCUUUGGACGUUACAUCAGAAAAAAUCCUUUAAUGGGACAAACUAUUGAAGGAUAUAUCACAGCAGUGGAAAGUCCUAGCUAUUUCUGGUGUCAAUAUUCAAUGCCUGAAAUUCAGAUGCUUUCUAAAAAGGUGCAAGAAGUUGGCGUACUUAGUAUUACAAAUAGAGAAUUACUUUCCAGCAUUUCAAUUGGUGAUGGUUGUGUUUGUAAAUAUUCUGAAGAUGAGCUCUGGUACAGAGCUGAAGUAAAAAAUAUAAAUGGAAGCCUGCUUACCUUGCAAUAUGUUGACUAUGGGAAUGAAGAUGAUGUUGUACUAGAGCAAGUUAAAAGGAUACCCAAAGAGCUGCUGAAGAUUCCUACUCAAUGUUUUCCAUGUUGCCUUUAUGGGUAUGAUUUGUCAAAAGGUUCUUGGAAAGAUGGUGCAGUGGAUGCACUUCUUCAAUUUUCAGAUGAGUUGUUAAAUGUUUCUGUGGUAGAAAGUGAAUAUGGAAACAUUGGUGCUCCAAUUUUAUCGUAUGUCCAAGUCCAAUAUGCUGGUGGUACAAUUAAUGAUGUAGUGAGAGACUUGUGGAAUCCUCAUAAUGGAAGUGAUCAGAUGUAUGAAAAUCCAUUAAGUGCUGAGCAGCUAACUCCUGUGCAGUCAAACCCUGGAGGCCUAAAUGCAGAAGAAAAGCUAUUGAUACAGCCUACACCUUUGAAGGUAUCAAAUAAAGAUAACUCUAUCCUCAUUGCACAGAGUGAAAAUGAAGAAAAGGUGAAUACUAAAAUUCCACUAGUACGUGUAAAAGAGAGUGAGUGCAUAAUUAAUGUUCAGUGUAUUGAGCUGUCUCCAGUAGUGGAUAGUAUGACCAAUGGAAUAGAAGUGCUAAAAACUUCAAAGAUGCAUGAACUUGCUGAGCUUGCUUCAAUUCCUGCUGAGGAAAAUACUAAUAAUGUCCAUUCAAGACCAGCUAAAGAAGUAUCUUCAAUGGAGAAUCGUGUGAAUGAAAACACUUCAAACCAGCAGCCUGAAUGUGCAAAUCUUAAAGAGCCAUUCUCCCUAGAACAAGAAACAAUCAAAGUAUGUGAAGAUUUGCAGGGUUCCAUGCAGUCUAUUGAUCUGUAUGAAGAGAUUUUUAAAUGCCACCAUGAUCAGCCUUUUACUGAGGAGAUUGGUGAUGAUUCUAUGACCCGUAUUCUCAUAUCCCAUGAUGAUGAUGAUGAGGAUUACUAUGAAGAUCACUAUGAAGAUCAGAAUUUAUCAGAAGCCCAAGUUGACAGCAGUUUGGAUGAACAGUUUGAGACAGGCAUUGGGUUAAAUAUCUGCUUGGAAGAAGAAAACAAAAUUCCAUCUGGUGCAAGUCUCGGUGUUAUGAAUGAAGAAUCAUCCUCAUUGAUCCUUCAAUCUGAAUUUGAACUUGCACACCAGGUGCAUCAAUGUGAGAAUGAACAUCAGGACACCAAGUCAAGCUGCUCUAAUAACGGUAUGGAUGUCUCUGAGAAGGAAAUGGUUGUUUCUGAAGUUCAUUGUGAGAAAGAUGAUGGUCAAACUGUACCUUCCAUUACUGACAUUAAACUGGAUAAAGAACAAUUAAUCCAUGGCACCAAUACUGAGGUUACAGACACUGUACUUCCUUCUACUAAAUCGGAUGUUGCAUUGCUUGAACACUUCAUAGAUCAAAAACACAGACUUCAAUUGAUGCCUUUUGUUACACUCCCAGCAUCAGAAAAAAUAAGUAAGUUUGAAAAUUUGUCGGACUCAAAUUUGGAAGCUAAUGUUUGCAUGACAGAAGGCAAAUCUGUGGAUUUACUCCAUUAAUGGUCAUCAGAUAUCUGAGGAAGAUCCAUAACAAAUGUACUGAUUCCUACUUCUGAAGAUUUUUGUUAAAAUACUAUGGUUACAAUGCUGGGAAAUGAGCAGAAUUUUUCCAUUUAAUCCCUGUUUCUCUACUGAUUUUAAAAGGUAAAUUUAAAGGAUGUUGUGGUCUCUAAUGAACCCUCAAGUCUUAAAUACAGAAACUGCUCUAGUACUUGACGUAGUUGAUCAGGAGCCUAGAAAAGAGAUGAAUCAUAUAGUUGUUUUGGGUAGAUGUGGUAUUUCAUCCAAUGGAAGGUUUAAGUUUAGGAUUCAAACAUGCAUUCAGUUGACUUGGUAAACUAGUUUUUAUUUUACUUUUCAUGAUGCUUAAAUCGUGGGUGAGGGGUAUGGGAAAAUAGAGCAAUAGCAAAGAGUGAGUCUUUUUAACAGGUAUGGAGCCUGUUGCAUGGAAUGUAAAGGUUAAUGCUGGUACCAGUCAGUUGGAAAAUUACCAUAUUUCAUCUAUAAUGAACAGAGAAACUUCAAGUUGUCAAAAAAAAUAACCUAUUAAGCAGACAUUAAAUGUAGUGAAUCUUGCUGAAACCUGAUCAGUAUGCAAGAACAUCAAUGCCUUUUGAAUUGUUUCUGUAUGUAUAUUGCAGCCAAGAAAAGUAAUCACCCAUGGUUCCUGGAAAAAGUCCUUUUACAAAUUCUAAAUUAUGGAUUAUAAUGCAAGUCAACUACAGCCUAGAACCCAAAAGGAUGUUUCCAGCACUGACAUCAAAAUAUUUGUGUACACUGCAACCUGCUUAAAAGAAUGUUCAAUUAAAGUGACAAAUAAA